AUGUUGAAAGCACGGCAGCAUAACACCCCACCCGGUGCUCCGGACAGUGUGAGGAACGGGUACAGCAGCGAUGCAUGCGCCGUCUCCGCCAUAUGGCUGAUCGUCAUGAUCUGGGGAUCAAACACGUUGCGUGCAUGGCGACCGAUGGAAUUGCAGGACCCCAUGGUCGCCUUUUCGAUCUUCUCGUCGGUUACGAUUACUCGGGCCGGGACCUUCGUCACUAUCGACGAGGGUUUAGCCUUUAUCACGCGCCUGCUCAAAGGGUUUAUGAUUGGGUUCGCCAUUGCGACCGGAAUAUCGCUAUUUGUCCUGCCCGUCACCAGCCGAAGUAAUGUCUUCCACGACGUCAAGGCCUACGUAGCGCAGGUCGACGCCGUACUGAAGUCACAGAUCGCCUUUGUUGAGGAUGGGUCCGAAGUGCUCACCGGCCGGCGUGGAUUGCUCAGUCGGACGCGAACAGCCCUCAGCAUGCGAGAUGCGGAGCAUGCUGCCAAAUCGAGCAUCGAGUCGAAGAAGAAGCGUCUAGCUGAGUCCAUCACAAAACUGAAUGCCUUGCAUGGCAAGUUACAAUCCGAUUUGUUCUAUUCCAAAGAUGAAAUAGCGUGGGGAAAGCUUUCUGCCGAUGACCUCAGCCGGAUCGGUGGGCUUCUACGGAGUAUACUGCUCCCGCUGUCUGGGAUAGCCAUGCUGCCAGAGAUCCUAGAUAUGAUAGUGCAGAACGAAGGGCCAAGACAGAGCGCCAAGGGCGAUGAUGAAGAUUCUGGUGACGAGAUGUGCAAAAAUGGUGAAAUCCAAAAGGUUGUCGAAAUCCUUCAGCACCGGCUCGAAGGAUCAAGUGCAUUGGUUGCGGUUGGCUUGCAGUAUGUCCUUCUGACGCUGGAGCUGAUGAAAUCAAAACAAUUGGGAAAGCAAUGGAAGGCAAAGGAUGAGGAGGUGCGUGGUGAGGAAAUCAACCCGCUUCAGCCAGAUUUUGUCCUCCGGUUCGAGGAUGCCAUCAGAGAAUACUAUGCGCGUCGCAGUCAACUCCCUCGGGCACUGGCAUCCAUUCAAGCCUUCUCGACGACUGAGAAGGCCGGGGGUGAUGCUGUCUCUGAAGACAACGCUAUAGUAGUCGACUCUGAUGUACGGCAAGAAUUCUUCAUCAUUCUCUACAUGGGGCAUUUGCAGGAGAAUCUCCUCAAGGCCAUACUCGACCUGGUAAAGUUCGCUGAAGGCAAAGUGACCGACGGCACAAUGAGACGAGGCAGGCUCAUUUUCCCCAAGCAAAAGUCCAUUCGUGAGUGGCUAUCUCCAACCUCAGAGAAUAAGGAAUCAACAAGCGUUCCCGACCGAAGACAGUCAGCUGCUGUUGGCGCAGCCGACGAUAUCGAGCCGGGGACAUAUCCCGAUCCUGAGCAUAUGGCGCCAGAAAACAUCUGGGAAAAGAGCAGCAAUGUCCUCCGUACUAUCUCCCAUGUAAUCAAAUCGGAGCAGAGCAUUUUCGGGUUCCGCGUCGCCGCAGCGUCCAUUUCCGUGGGCAUUCUCGCAUUCCUACAUCAGACACAAGAUUUCUUCAUCCGUCAACGAUGCAUCUGGGCAAUGAUUGUCAUUGUGAUCGGAAUGAACCCGACGAGUGGCCAGACGAUGUUUGGUUUCGUGGCACGUAUUGUUGCCACGGUCUUCGCGCUAGCCUUGAGCUUGGUUGUCUGGUAUAUUGUGGAUGGGAAGACGCCCGGCGUGAUUAUCUUCCUCUACAUUGCGAACGUAUUCGGGUACUACUUUUGGAUCAAAGUACCCCAGUAUUUCGGCGCCUCUGUCAUAGCUAUCGUCACCUUGAACGUCAUCAUCGGCUAUGAGCUCCAAGUCCGCAAACUCGGCAUUGAAACCGCUACCUCUAACGGCCAACCUUACUACCCCAUCUACCUCUUUGGACCUUACAAGCUGGCCGCCGUAGCCGCAGGCUGCGCCAUCUCCUUCGUCUGGGUCAUCUUCCCGUACCCGAUCACCGCAAAAUCUACAUUACGCAAAGCAUUGGGAAGGGGACUCUUUGUCCUCGCCAAAUUUUACAGCUGUAUGCACACCACCGUAGAGCUGUGGCUGAGUGGAACGCUCGGAAACGUCCAAGACGUUACGUCUGCAUCUUACAAGCUCGAAACAGCCCGCCACAAGGUCUUCAAGGAGGAGAUGAUGCUCCUGAACCAGCUACGAAUGCACAGCCAUUUCAGCACCUUUGAGCCUCCCAUUGGCGGAAAAUUCCCCAAACACGUCUACGACGCCAUCAUUGCUGAAAUCCAGCGUAUGCUAACGAGUAUGGCGCUGAUGGCGCAGACGACGCAAAACCUCAAUGCGUUUGCCUUUGAUCAUUGCGACUCAAAAGACCCGGAGAAUAGGUGGGUCUCGCGACUCGCGGAGAUUGCUUUGAAAUCGGCAGACUUCAAGUCUCAUGCCACCACCUCGCUGCUGUGUCACUUGUCUGCGUCUAUUCUGAAUGCACAGCCGCUGCCGCCGUAUCUUUCGACCGGGGAUUCCUUCCCUCUUGCGCGCCAGCUGCAGCGAAUUGACGGGGAGCUGCUAAGUCUUCGCCAUGUGGAAGACCCAGCCUUUUCAGCGUUCGUGUCGUUGGAGGUAUUGCGGUCGGUGCUGAGUUUUAGCUUGAAGGAUCUGCUGAGGUAUAGCUCUCUUAACGUUUCUUCAUCUUCGGUGCUAACCUGCAGCAGUAACGUGAAGAGCCUUGUUGGAGAGCUCGCUUUUGACUUCCAUGUCCGACAUACCGAGGGCUAUGCAGAAUCGACGCGGUUGAUGGCAGAAAGAAGUCACGAAGAUUGA